UUUUACGGAUAACCCUAGUUUCAGAGGUACGAUAUUUGAUCAAAAAGGUUUCAAAGCAAGCGAUAAAAGUUAUAAUGGGUGAGACAUUUAACUACGAAGGGUAAUAACGUUAUAAGCUCGUUAUAAGAAGCAUGAAUAAUGUAUGGUUUCAAGUGUCUGUUAUAGAUGUUGCGGCAUUCCUGUUAAGAAUUCUGCUGAGUUGACCGUUCUUGACCGGAUACCGGAUAAAAAGUGCGGGUCCGUUCCGAUUAUGUAGACCCGACUGUUGUCUGAACGGUUUCCGCCGCAUUCCUCCUUUGGCUGGAAGCAAUAAUAAUAAUAAUAUGCUACAAUGCAGCAAUCCCACAUUGUUGAGCCGAAAUGGGAUUUCUGACGUCCAUAAGAACUCGAACUUGUUCGGUCUGAGUAACAGUAAUUCACAAUCUGCUUGUUGAUGAAAAUCACAAAAGUAUUUGUUUUCAACGAAAGUCAAUUGGUUUGCUCAAAUAUUCAAUAUCGAAAACAUAAAUUAGUUUGUAAUAACAAAUUGGAGCAUUCCAUUAUCAGCCCACAUGAAUCGCACAGAACUCGAUUACUAUGCAGUAUUAAAUGUGCCUCAUGAUGCGCCCAAGGAGAGUAUAACGUUGGCGUAUCGAAAAUUGGCCAUACAGCUGUGUCCCCAUCGCGAUCCAAAGUAUGAACGUGACUUCGUUCCUCUUUUGGGACCAACACAUAUGGAACCGUUGUCAACUAAUCGCCAAUGGGAAUAUAUUAACAUGGCCUAUGAUGUUUUAGGAAACGAUUUGUAUCGAGCCAUCUAUGAUCGUUUCGGUGAGGCUGGACUUUUUCAAGGCAUUCAAUUGCCUAACGGUUACUUUCCGCCUUACCAAUAUCAUGGUGAUCAUAUGAAAGUAUAUCAUAACGUUUUUGGCAGCUACUCGCCUUACGCAAAUAUCAUCGACAUCGUUACGAACCCACCUUUGCUCUAUUCUACAUUGGAACAUGGCAUUGGAGUGCGUAAGAAAGACCCGCCGGUAGAGAAAAUUAUUUAUCUGGAGUUAGAAGAAGUAUUCAAAGGUUGUACGAAAUUAAUGCACGUCUGGAGGCAAGAGUUCAUUGACACGAAGGAAACACGCACAGAGAAAAGAAAGAAAACUCUUAAACUCAAAAUACUACCAGGCACCACUCAAGGUACACGAUUUUGCUUUAAGGAGGAAGGUGACCGCAGUCCCACGAAAAUACCAGCAGAUAUUAUAUUUAUAACAGCUGAUAAACCACAUCAUCUAUUUGAGCGCAGCCACCAUCAUGAUUUAGUCUAUACCCAUAACAUAACUUUAAGGGACGCGCUUGUCGGCUUUAGCUUCACAAUUAAAACAUUAGAUAAGCGUGCUCUGAAAAUAAACGUGUCCGAUGUGGUAUAUCCUGGCUAUGUGAAAAUUAUGCCAAAGGAGGGACUUCCAGUUUGUGAAAAUUUACCAAUUGCUCCUGAUAUGAGACCCGCUGGAUUGAAGAAAAAGAAGUUCGGCGAUCUAAUUAUAAAAUUUCAAGUUGAAUAUCCGCGAAUUAUGACACAUAAAAUGCGGAAUAUAACUAAGGAAUUCUUCGAUGAAUUGGAAGAUUUGGAAGUAGAAGCUGAAGAUGCUCCACACCCUAUUCACAUACUUAUGCGAAAGAGAGGAGGAAGAGGCAAACUCUAGGCUGAGAGGUCGAAAGUAACAACCCAUUCAACAAAUACGCGAACAUAACGGUGUUUUCGAAAUGUGUAUUUUUAUUAUUUUUUGUUUUAAAUUCAACGAUGUUACGUUGUUUUCGGAAACCUGAUUUUAUAUUUUUAUACAUGUACAUAUAUCACAAAACUUAUAAUCGAUCGGAAAUUUACAGAAAAAACUUUGUUCUGAAAUAAAACAAAACUUUACACAGUUAAA